GGUAGCUCUCCUCCGAGAUGGCGGCGCUGUCAGUGUCUGGCGUUACCAGAAGAGGCCUCACGUGGAUAGUCUUAGGGGCACCACGCAGAGAAUUUUGGUCUCGAUUCAGAAAAGAGAAAAAGCUAGUGGUGGCUGAGACAGUAGAAGAAGUGAAGAAAGAGCCUAUUUUGGUGUGUCCACCCUUACGAAGCCGAACAUACAUACCACCUGAAGAUCUCCAGAGUCGUUUGGAAUCUUGUGUCAAAGAAAUUUUUGGUUCCUCUGUUGGUAACAGUUGGCAGGAUGUGUCCCUGGAAGAUGGCCUUCUGAAGUUCAGUUUCUUGGCACGUUUAGCUGAUGACUUGGGCCAUGCAGUGCCCAACUCCAGGCUUCACCAGAUGUGCAGGGUCAGAGAUGUUCUUGAUUUCUAUAAUGUGCCUAUUGGGGAUCAAUCUAAAUUUGAUGAACUUACUGCUAGUAAUCUGCCUCCCAAUGUAAAAAUCACUUGGGGUUACUGAGCAGAAGAGGAGCUCAUUAAGAUCAUUUUGUCCUGAGCAAGGGGGCUGGUUAUUAAUUAGACUUUUGAUACGUUACCAUGUGAAAUGCUAUCAGAACUGUUCUCUAAACCCACUUUUUCUGUGGAAGGAUGAAUUAUCUCUUUUUCUCAUCAUGAAUUAACAAGUAACAAGAUUUUCUUUUUUCACGUUUGCUGGAACUUUGUUUUUUUUAAUGGAAUCAAGUCUUUAAUCAUGUAUGAAAAUUUCCUUCUUUGGAGGACACUGUAAUUAAACUUGGGUUUAAGAUACAAGGCUAUUAUAUGUUCACACAUGGUCUUUAUUUUUUAUGCAUAAAUUAGUAGAUGCAAAAACAGGUUUUAAUCCUGUUAGGACUCUUAAACCUAAGGUGGUAUUAAUUAUGUAUAUAGUACAUAUACUAAUAAGGAAACAUAGAUAUGUAUAAAAGAAAUGUAAAAAUCUAUGUUGUAUAUUACAGCAAGUUGUUUCUUUCAUUGCUUUACUACAAGAGUAAAAAUAGUAGAAAAUGAUACUGUUCAUUCUAGAUUAAUCUCUUUUGGAAUUAAAGUAAAUUUCUUGAA